GUUUAGAUGCAAACACAUAGGCGCCGCUAGACGCCCUAGAAUCUUCUCAAGUCACCUAAUUCCCCUGCUCCCUGGUUCCCCUUCUCCCUCGUCUCAUCUUCAAUUCCAGGCGCCUGGAGAUACAACAGCAGAUUGAAGAAAAAUUACCUUCUCCAUCGCUAUAUCUUCCCCUUCUCCUUAAAUCUGUAGAUCUUCUCAAAUCACACUUAAUUUCCUUGCUCUCUUCUGCAUCUUCCCCUUCUCCCUCGUCUGUUCUGCAUCUUCGCCUUCUCCCUUGUCUGCAUCUUCAAUUCCAGCGCUACCCUUUUCCCUCGUCUGCAUCUUCCCUUUCUCUCUCGUCUGCAUCCGUCGCUUUUGUUAUUGCAGGCUGAAGAAGCAAGAUUUGCGAGGAACACCCUUGUGAGAAACUUCAGAACAACACAUAUUAUAUAUCUGCGCAGCCUCUGCUUUCCACAUGCACAAACAGAAGCAACAUAUAUGCAAUAAGAAAUAUAAAAUUUUGGAAUUUUUAAUGCAGUCACAAACUUGAGCCCGAAGUCACAAAUUUUACCCAGCGGAUAGAAAAGCUCGAUAUUUACUGGAUAAAAGGCAGCUACUUUUGGCGGGAAACACGUUCCCCCAAAAAUCUAUGCUUUAAUAUUAGUAUAGAUAGAUAGAUUGUCUUAGUUAAUCUGUGGGAGCAAUGGAAGAUGGGAGAGGCCAAAGAGAGGCGCUGACACUUGUGGCAAGAAAGCCCAGUUUCUCGCUGCCCACCGCUUGCCCCAACUGUCUGCCUGCUUACAUUUAUCUUAAAUUUGCCAACAUCCCUUUCACUUUGGAAUUCAAUCUCAUCCAUCCUGAUUCUGAUCAGAUACCCUUUGUUGAGUCUGGUGAUUAUGUUGCUUAUAACAAUGAGAACGGUGGGGUCCUUCAGAAAUUAAAGGAAGAUGACAUUGUUGACUUGGAUGCUGAGGUGAGUGGUAUACCUGAAUGGGUAUCAUUUAAGGUGAUGGUUGAGUCAUGGCUUGCUGAUGCAGUCUUGUAUGAACUAUGGGUGGGUUCUGAUGGCAAGUCAGCACACAAGAUUUAUUACUCUGAUCUCCCUUGGCCAAUAGGAAAUAUUUUGUACUAUAAGCAAGUCUAUGCGGUGAAACAACUACUUGGGAUAACAUCAGAGAAUGCAGAAAGAAGGGAAGAAGAGAUAUAUAGAAGAGCAACUGUUGCAUAUAGUGCUUUGUCAGCUAGGUUGAGAGAACAAACCUUUUUCUUUGAAGAUAGGCCAACAAGUUUGGAUGCAGUUUUCCUUGGGCAUGCUCUGUUUACGCUUCUUGCUUUACCUGAAACAUCUGUUCUAAGAAGUAAGCUCUUGGGUCAUGCUAAUCUUGUGAAGUAUGCUGAGAAUCUUAAACUGGAGUACAUAGAUGCCAGUUCGUCAUCUUCAUCAGUUCCUCAGUCAGAUCCCUCAUCAUCAGCUUCAAAACGAGGCCCUUCAUAUUGGAGUUCGAAGCCAAAGAGCAAACCUACUAGGGAGAAGACAGAGGAAGAGAAGAAGUUCAGGAGACGCGCUAAAUACUUUCUUGCUACUCAGCUUGUUGCUGUUUUGAUUUUCCUUUCCAUUCUUGGGGGAUCUAAUGAUGCUGAAGUAGAGCUUGGUGAUGAUGAUGACGGCUUCGGUUAUGAGUAGGAAUUAACCUCUCAGAUAGAGAUUUAUUUGUCUCCAAAUUUUCGUGUUUUCUAGUUCGACUUGCUAGGGUUUGAGAAAAUCGGCAAAUAUGCAAGUCAUUGGGUUUCCUUUUCCUGAAGAAGCAUGCUAGUGAGUUUUAGACUAAAUCAUCUCUUGUACUAAGCUACAGAAGUUGAGCGUAAGCAUAAAUGCAAUUUUGCCCAUUGGCAGAGAUGGAUUGAGAAA